UCCUGCAUCCUCACCCAAAAGGGGCUUUGCCUGUUAUUCUCCAGUUCUAGCGUGGUGUGGGCGCAGUUCUUUUCCCUCUCCAGCCUCGGAGUCACCCUCUGUGGGUCGCGCGGAUAGGGCUGGUGGCCCGGACCAGCUCGGCCUCCCUGGAGUCAGGAGCAGAGCCAUCGGCUCCUAGCCCACCGUAGCCGCUCCUGGCACCGAGCGAGCCGCGAUGACAAUGGCUGGAUUGUGCUUCCUGUCCCUUCUCAUCAGCAUUUCUGUGCUGGACUCCUUCCACUGGCGGGUCGGCCCCAGAGCUCAGGAAAUGAGGUCAUCAGUGAGGCGAGUAAGGGAGGGGGGUCGGGAGAGGGGCGAUUGGGCAACCAGGCUGCACAAACACGGGAGGUCAAAGAUUGCCCCCAGCCCGCCCAGGCCGGGGAUAAAGUGGCGCGGGCGCGGGAGGCUGCACAGAAGUGAGUCGGAUUGCGCUCGCCGCUCCGCGCAGCACCGCGAGGAUGAGGCUCGCCGUGGGAGCGCUGCUGGCCUGCGCCGUCUUGGAGCUGUGUCUGGCUGUCCCUGAGAAAACUGUGAGAUGGUGUGCAGUGUCAGAGCAUGAGGCCACGAAGUGCCACAGUUUCCGUGACCAUAUGAAAAGUGUUCUUCCACCCGAUGGUCCCCGUGUUGCUUGUGUGAAGAAAGCCUCCUACCUUGAUUGCAUCAAGGGCAUUGCGGCAAACGAAGCAGACGCAGUGACGCUGGAUGCGGGUUUGGUGUACGAGGCUGCCCUGGCUCCUAAUAACCUGAAGCCUGUGGUGGCAGAGUUCUAUGGGUCAAAAGAGGAUCCACAGACUUUCUAUUAUGCUGUUGCUGUGGUGAAGAAGGAUAGCGGCUUCCAGCUGAACGAGCUCCGAGGCAAGAAGUCCUGCCACACGGGCCUGGGCAGGUCCACCGGGUGGAACAUCCCCAUAGGCUUACUUUACUGUGACUUGCCUGAGCCACGUAAGCCUCUUGAGAAAGCAGUGGCCAGUUUCUUCUCGGGCAGCUGUGUCCCCUGUGCGGAUGGGACGGCCUUCCCCCAGCUGUGUCAACUGUGUCCAGGGUGUGGCUGCUCCACCCUUCAACAAUACUUCGGCUACUCAGGAGCCUUCAAGUGUCUGAAGGAUGGUGCUGGAGAUGUGGCCUUUGUCAAGCACUCGACUAUAUUUGAGAACUUGGCAAACAAGGCUGAUAGGGACGAGUAUGAGCUGCUUUGCCUGGACAACACCCGGAAGCCGGUAGAUGAAUACAAGGACUGCCACUUGGCCCGGGUCCCUUCUCACACCGUCGUGGCCCGAAGUGUGGGCGGCAAGGAGGACUUGAUCUGGGAGCUUCUCAACCAGGCCCAGGAACAUUUUGGCAAAGACAAAUCAAAAGAAUUCCAACUGUUCGGCUCUCCUCUUGGGAAGGACCUGCUGUUUAAGGACUCUGCCUACGGGUUUUUCAAAGUUCCCCCCAGGAUGGACGCCAAGAUGUACCUGGGCUAUGAGUAUGUCACUGCCAUCCGGAAUCUACGGGAAGGCGUAUGCCCAGAAGCCCCUGCGGGUGAAUGCAAGGCUGUGAAGUGGUGUGCGGUGAGCCACCACGAAAGGCUCAAGUGUGAUGAGUGGAGUGUUAACAGUGUAGGGAAAAUAGAAUGUGAAUCAGCGGAGACCACCGAAGACUGCAUCGCCAAGAUCAUGAAUGGAGAAGCUGAUGCCAUGAGCUUGGAUGGAGGGUUUGUCUAUAUAGCGGGCAAGUGUGGUCUGGUGCCUGUCUUAGCAGAAAACUACAAUACAAAGAACAAUGAUUGUGAGAGAACAGCAGAGGAAGGGUAUUUUGCUGUAGCAGUGGUGAAGAAAUCAACUGCUGACCUCACCUGGGACACUUUGAAAGGCAAGAAGUCCUGCCACACAGCAGUUGGCAGAACCGCUGGCUGGAAUAUCCCCAUGGGCCUGCUCUACAAUAAGAUCAACCACUGCAGAUUUGAUGAAUUUUUCAGCGAAGGUUGUGCCCCUGGGUCUGCAAAAAACUCCAGUUUCUGUAAGCUGUGUAUGGGCACAGGCCCAAACAAGUGUGAACCUAACAGCAAAGAGGGAUACUAUGGCUACACAGGAGCUUUCAGGUGUCUGGUUGAGAAGGGAGAUGUGGCCUUUGUGAAACACCAGACUGUCACACAGAUCACCGGGGAUGACAACCCUGAAGCGUGGGCUAAGAAUCUGAAUAAAGACGAUUUUGAGUUGCUGUGCCUCGAUGGUUCCAGGAAGUCUGUGGAUAAGUUUGAGAGCUGCCACCUGGCCCGAGCCCCGAAUCAUGCUGUGGUCACACGGAAAGAUAAGGCAGAUUGUGUCCAGCAGGUGCUACUUGACCAGCAGAAAAUAUUUGGAAGGAGUGUACCUGACUGCUCGAGCUACUUUUGCAUGUUCCGAUCUGAAACCAAGGACCUUCUGUUCAGAGAUGACACAGUAUGUUUGGCCAAACUUCAUGACAAAAACACAUAUGAAAAAUACUUAGGAGAAGAAUACGUCAAGGCUGUUGGCAACCUGAGAAAAUGCUCCACCUCACCACUCCUGGAAGCCUGCACUUUCCACAGAACUUAAAAUCCGAGAGGUGGGGCUGCCACCAAGGUGGAGAUAGGAGCUCAGAUGAUCCAUGAGUUUGCCAUGAUUCCGUUGGCUUGAGUGGUUUGUGUUAACCACGUCUGUCUUCACAGUUCUGUGUUGCCAUGUGUGCAGAACAAAAAAUAAAAAUUAUUGAUUUUA